AUGGUACUUCCACCCCCAGACAAGCACCAUGUGUGUCUUACCACCAUUGUUAUUAUGACCAGCAUGGCAUUCAUGGAUGCUUAUCUGGUAGAGCAAAACCAAGGGCCUCGUAAAAUUGGUGUCUGCAUCAUUGUUCUGGUAGGAGACAUUUGCUUUUUGAUUGUGCUGCGCUAUGUGGCCGUCUGGGUGGGGGCUGAGGUAAAGACAGCCAAACGGGGCUAUGCUAUGAUUCUUUGGUUCCUCUAUAUCUUUGUGCUGGAAAUCAAACUGUAUUUUAUAUUCCAGAACUAUAAGGCUGAUAAGAGAAAUCUGGAAACAGUGGCUAGAAAGGCACUGACCUUGCUUCUCUCCAUUUGUGUGCCAGGAUUGUACCUAGUGCUAGUAGCCUUGGACAGCAUGGAAUAUAUACGUACCUUCCGGAAGAAAGAGGAUUUGCGAGGUCGUCUCUUCUGGGUGGCCUUGGACUUAUUGGAUAUCUUAGAUAUUCAAGCCAACCUAUGGGAACCACACAAGACUGGUCUGCCAAUUUGGGCAGAAGGACUCAUGUUCUUCUAUUGCUACAUAUUGCUCUUAAUUCUGCCCUGUGUUUCCUUGAGUGAGAUUAGUAUGCAAGGAGAGCAUAUUGCUCCCCAGAAAAUGAUGCUCUACCCUGUCUUGAGUCUGGUGACCAUAAACAUGGUUACCAUAUUCAUCCGAGCCAUUAAUAUGGUCCUCUUUCAAGAUAGCAGAGUCUCUACAAUCUUCAUUGGCAAGAAUAUAAUUGCCAUUGCUACCAAGGUCUGCACAUUCCUAGAAUACAAGAAGCAAGUGAAGGAGUUCCCACAAAAUGCCAUUGCACUUGAGCUCCAGCAGAACUCAGUGCCCCACAACCAGACCCUCCACAAUACACAAGGCCUUCCUCAUGAGCCAUCCCCCACCAGGGAGAUCUUGGACACAUGAUGAGCCUCUUCUUAGAUAUCAGCAUUGGUUCUUAUUGGGAAGGGGCGAAGAAGUAAUACUGCUCUUAUCCCAGCAUAGAGAGCUGCUUCCAGCACAAGAUUUUAACAAAUGGAGGAACAUCCCCUGCAACUCAGGUAUUUCCAAGGGGCCCUCUGGAAAGAAAGCAAAAUCAAUGGACCUUCCAAGCAGAACCUCAUCCACUCCAGCAUCUGAUCUUUUCUAUCUGUUUGUUACCUGUGCUUCAACUUGUAAGGAAUGAGAAUUUUUGUUAUCACAACCUUUUUUAAAGAAAGGGACAGGGUGGGAUGGGCAGGAUAGGAAAAUCAGGACUGGCACUUCAGUCAGUACACCAGUAUAU